ACAUUGUAGUCAAGUCAGCUAGAAAAACGUGUCAUCUUUUUUAAUCUAAGUUUGAGUAUUCUUGUAUAUAAUUUUAUUUUAACAAAUGAUAAGAUACACUAAUUCAUCUAUCAUAUGAGAAGAGAAAAUGUUUAAACUCAAGACGUACCAAAGCAAUUCACCAUUUGCCCCUACAUAAUAGAUUACAUAAGAAUAUCGUUAAAAAUAUAAAUUAUUUAAGGAUAUUCAUUCUGCAAAUGUCAUUUAAUCACCAAAACAAUUAAGGAUUAAUGGGUUUUUUUAAUUGAAAAAAGUAGUUAGAUUAUUUCUUUCCAUCAAGAAAUGUCAAGGAGAUUAUCAAAAAUGAGAUUUUCUGCCACACAUAUUUUCGACAUAAUUUUUAUAAUCUUAGCACAAAAAUUAGCAUUAAAAUGUAAGGAGACUAAGAAUCUUUAAAUAAUCCUAUGUUGAGAUCAGAGCCUCCCAGGUAUCAUCGACGGUCAAGAUCAGAGCUUUUCCGUCGUCAGCUCGCCGGAGUGCCAUGGUAUCUGGUACGACGCCGUUCUGGUGGUUCCCGCAGUCGUUUUCGUGGCUUACUUAGCGUUCCACGCCAAGAAGAACGUCAUCAAGCUCUCCAAUGGAAGAUCAUACAUCAUGAUUUCCUAUUAUGCCCUUGUGUGAGUCGCAAGCCUUCUCAACCUCGCCUGGUGCGCUCUUCAGGUUCGUGGGUUUUCAAUUUUUGAAGGUUUUGCGUUGUGGGUUUGUACAGUUUUGUGCUUCGAGUGCGAUUUGGUGUUUGAUUUUUCGAUGCAGGCAGGGCAGUGCUCAGGUGGGAAUGUUUACGGGUUUUGCACUGCUGGGAUUGGAAACUAGCUUGGUGGGUUUCUUGCUCCAGGGGAAUUAUGCAAGUGGGGUUAAAGCUUUAGCUCAUACUUUCCUUGUUUCUGGGAUUGUUGUUGGUGUCGAUACAUUGAUCAAUGUAAUCUAUGUGUUCGGGUUUGGGGUACCACUGUUCAUCGUUGGCAUCGGAAGUACAUUUGGAGUGAAGUGGGGCUUGUGGCUCAUCCACAAAUUAUUGCUUACUGCACUUCAUGGAUUCAUAUUGUUUGUGCAUUUCUCAAAAUUGACAGAGAAGUUACCUCCCAGACCAGCAUUCUACAACUACAUCGUCGUAAUGUUUGUACUUAGUGCUCUGGCAUCGUUUGGUUGCGGGCUUGCUGGAAUUGGAGCUAGUUUCGGAAUCUGGUUGUACAAUUUGACAGAUAUAUGCUACCACACACUCUAUCUUCCUUCUCUGUACGUGAUUUUUGUGGCCGAUUUUUUCCAGGAAGAAAGUUUUCUCCUGGAGAACGCGUAUUACUCGGAGAUGAAGGAUGCUGGAUUCUUUGACGCCGAUUGGGAUUAGUCCGUCGGACCAUCGGUAACUUGUGAAUGUGUAAGUUCAGCAGAAAGAAGGCUGACCUUUUGUAUACUUUGUAAAUAACUUGAACAGAUAAAUGUUGAGUUUUGCAAGUAGGUAGAGGUUCCCAUAUAAAUAUGAUUUGAGUGUUAAUCGC